CCCAAAUCCCUCAUCCCAGCCAUCUCCACCUCCCUCAACGUCGGCAUGGCCCUCGGCGCCUGGAUCACCGUCCUCCCCUUCGCCAACCCGGCCUACCCGGGCCCCGCCGUCGCCAUCUGGUUCAACGACUUUUUCAAGCCCGGCUUCAUCGGCAUCACCUCCCUCAGCGCCGUCACCAUCGCCUCCGGCAUCCGCGCCGCCUGGUCCGGGUCCGGGUCCGGGUCCCGCUCCUCCUCCUCCGCCGCCGAGGCCACCAACAACAACGACAGCAGCAACAACAACAAGGCGAAGAAGGCGUCGCGGUGGGCGAUUGCUGGCUUGGUGUUUACGCUCAUUCACUUUGGCUUUGGCAAUUCGGUGCUCGCCAUCAUGGACAAGAUCCUGUCUGCACCGGAGCUGGCGCAGGGCCAGAUGGCGGGCUGGAUCCGGCUGCACACCGUCAGGACCCUGACAACCGACGUGCCGGCAUGGCUAUGCUUUGUGGGCGCACUCCUAUCCGAGCUGUAA